CGUGCAGGGCGGCCCGGCCUGGCAGGGUGCCAGGACACGGCACGACACGGCACCGGGGCCGUGGGGACCAGUGGGCAGCCGGGACCUGAGCUGGAGGCUCGGCCUGGYGCCCAUCCCCGAGGAUUUGGGCCCCUUCUCCCAGCCCCCGGACAGAGGAUGGGAGACACUCCCCUCUGGGCGGUUCGGGAGCUGCUGCCCCCUCAGGCCCGCAGCGAUGCUCACCUGCAGCCGCCCCCAGCCCGACCAGGACGAGGAGCUGCCCGUGGGGUGCGAGGAUACUGCUGAAGAGGGGCAGCGGGGCUGGGAGGGAGCCCCAGAAACAUCCGAGGAGGAGCCCUGCAGGCUGGUGCUSAGCACACCCAGCUGCAUCCUGCGGGACAGGGAGAUCCAGGAGCUGGGUGCCCAGCUGCCCCCGCGGCUGGCGCAGCAGCCCUGGCACCUUCUCUACUCCACCGGGCGCGACGGCUUCAGCCUGCGGACCCUGUACCGGAGYGGGGCCCGGCCGGACGCUCCCGCCCUGCUGCUCAUCAGGGACACAGAGGCGCAGGCUUUCGGUGCCUUCUCUGCCAGCGCCAUUCGCAGCAGCAGCGGUUUCUACGGCACCGGGGAGAGCUUCCUCUUCUCCUUCUGCCCCGAGCUGAAGGUGUUCAGGUGGACAGGCAGGAACGACUUCUUCGUGAAGGGGGAUGUGAACCUGCUGAUGGUCGGUGGGGGCAGUGGUAGGUUUGGGCUGUGGCUGGACGAAGACCUGCACCACGGAGGCAGCCAACCCUGCGAGACCUUUGACAACGAGACCCUCUCGCACCAGGAGGAGUUCUGCAUCCAGGACCUGGAACUGUGGGGCCCGGCCUGACACUGGCAAACACAUCCAGGRGAAGAGGUGGUAGUGAGGGGAUGCUCUGGAUGGAUGUUUUGGUCACAGCUGAUCCCUGACAGCCCCUGCAGAGCCUGUGGGAYAGUACCAGCCUCACCCCUGCCUCUUCUACCUGUCCCCACCAACGUUCCCAUUUCAUGGGGCACAAGAGUCGGUGGGGGCAGCGUGAUGGGACAAACAGCAGUGGGAUCUCUCUCAGGCUGUGCGGCGCUGCCAGCAUGAGGUUGGCAGACCAGAGUAUCUGCAUGGGCCCUAAAAGGGCAUAGCACAACUAACCCAAAACCUAACUCUAACCCUAMYCCCAAUCCUAAACCACCCCAACCCCAGCCCACCUGGCCGGGAUGAGGCAGAGCUGCCCCGGGAGGAGGGCAGGCAGCAGAGCUGGGCACAGCAGGGCCCCUCAUGGAGGAGAAAGCUUCAAGAGCAGAGUGACCCUGGCAGGACUAAGCCAGCCCAGGCAGCCUCUGCCCCCUCUGGCAGCACAGUCAUCUCUCAAUAAAUGGUCUCAU